CGACUCCGUGGUUCUGGUGGUCUCCUCCCCCGCUGAGGUGCGAAGUUUGUUGGUCUUUCUUGAUGGGGGUGCUACUCUAAAUAUUGAGGUCUCGAAAGCGAAAUUAAAAAAGUUGAAAACUCAAAAAUCCACAGAAUGGAUACGUUCCACAUCACGGAGGGCAUGGUGCCUGAAGAUGGACACGACUCCGAAAAGGACAACGCCGCAAAGCUACCCGAGGGUGCGAACAAGUUCCAACGUGCGAUCGCUGCGUGGAGAGGGAUCGACCUGACCAACACCGUCGCGAAAUUGGACAGCACCGCCUCGGACAUCGUUUCGCAACAGCGUGAUGCGCUUGUUCAAAGGAAGGACCUGGCCCAGAAGACGAAGGAUUUCCGAAAGCUAGAGGAUGCGGCCAAAUUGUCGGAAUACAAGGGUCUUUUGAAAGCUUACCAGGGAUUCAUCGAUCUUUUGACAAAUCAGAACAAAUCCUCGUCGUCCGCCUUCCUACAACUCUAUUCCUCCCUAUCCGAGGCCCCCGACCCUUAUCCUCUUCUCGAAACAUCCGUGGAUUCCCUCGUCCACUCCGAAGAGACGGUUCCCAGAUUGACUUCUGAGCGGGAUCAACUACAAGGGUCCGUUGACCGACUUACCUCCCAGCUAGAGGAUAACGAACGGCGACUCGAAGAAGAGCGGGCUGCGAGGAAGAAGUUGGAAGACAACCAAGAAACGAAGAUCAAAGAAAUCGAGACGUCCUGGUCCGCCGUACUAUCCGAGAAAUCCAACAACUGGACCGCAAAGGAGAAGAGCUUGGAAGAGAAGGUCGAGAAUCAAGAACGUCUGCUGAAGGAACUCAAGGCGAGCUACGAGGUUUCGCAACGCCUAGGCCAGGACGACGACAGCGGCAAUGGUUCGCAACAGGGCGCCACGGCGGCGGAACUGGAACUGGUGUCCGCCGAUUUGGAGAAGGCCAGCCUCAGACUAGCGGAGGUUGAGGCGCGCAACGAGCAGUUGAGGCUUGAGCUGGCUCAAGCCGUAUCGCACUCUCAGCCAGAGCAGAUAACCUCCGUCGAAGACGAUCCUGCAUAUCUUCGUCUUCAGUCGGAGAACUCAUCGUUGUUGCGCAAACUAGAUGCCGCGCGAUUCGACAAGGAUUCCCAGCGACACUCGUGGGAGUCCAAGAUCUCCCAGUCCGAGAGGCAAUUCACCAAAGCAUCCGCCGAGCGGGACGAGUUACGGACAAAGUUGGAGAAGGUGGCUGAUUAUGAAGAUAUUCGUCGAGAACUGGAGAUGAUCAAAUCUAUUGAAUUCUCAGCGGGCGACGAUGAAGACACGGCAGAUCUCACCGAUCCUGCGGGAAGCCCCAAUGGAGACGCGGCCAAGCCAAAGAAGGGCUCCAAGAACAACACCUUGGAACAGCUCCUGCUGGCUAGGAAUAAGAAACUUACGGAUGAGUUAACUCUUCUGAGGGUAUCACAUCGCGAUCUUCAAGGACAACUUGAAACUCUUCGCGACGAUCUGUCGACUACCAAGCAAGAACUCGAAAAGUCGCAGAAACUCUCCACAACUCUUGAGAAUGAUCUCCUGCACGUUCAGCAAGAGGCAGCAAACACCUUCCCCUCGACUGCCAUGUCAGUGGCAGGCACCUAUGCGUCGAAGUAUCACUCGUCUCGGAGGGGCGCGACGUCGCCGACGUCGUCCAUCAUUUCAGGGUUCGACCAGACAGCAAACUCGGCCAAUACGAUGGAUUCCAUUCGCGCGGGCGAGCCUGUCGGUGGCGGAUCUGGUAUUCUGCCUAUGAUCCAGGCGCAGCGGGACCGCUUUAAGAAGAAAAAUACCGAAUUGGAAGAAGAACUAUCGAAGAUGUACGACUCUGUCAAGUCUCUAAGACAGGAGGUCUCUUCUCUCCAGAAAGACAAUCUCAGCCUCUAUGAAAAGACCCGUUAUGUAUCAACAUACAACCGUGGUCCAGGAGCCUCGACGUCCGCGUCGUCCUAUGGCAGCAGGCCCAGCGCAUCCUCCGUGCACCUUUCCGCAGAUACACCAUCAGGGCUCUCAAUGGACCGCUACCAGUCCGCUUACGAGGCCCAGAUUUCGCCAUUCGCUGCCUUCCGAGGCCGCGAAUCCGCGCGCGCCUACAAACGAAUGAGCCUACCGGAGCGGGUGGUCUUCUCUCUCACGAGAAUCAUCUUGGCCAAUCGAACAAGUCGCAACUUGUUUGCUGGGUAUUGCUUUGCCAUCCACAUUCUCCUCUUCAGCAUGCUCUACGUUAUGAGCACCAUGGACAUUGAAAAGCACAGCGCGAACCUCGCGACUGCCGCCGCCGUCGGAGCCGGAGCCGGAGGUGGCAGCGGCUAUACGGGGGGACAGGCAGUUAAUGGCGAUGAUUGGCAGCAAGAAGGUUUCAACCAUGCAGGGUAACUGCAUAGGUUGCGUUACAUUACACUGUUGUAUUCCUGUUUGGACGUACCUGGUCUAAUGCUGUGGAAGUCCUUGCAAUCUGGCGUUGGGUCGUGGUGAGGUCAUGAUUAGCUGCUUUGAUAUUCUUGGUGUAUCUGUAUGUACUGGGUCUGAGCAUGUAGCUGUAGCCAUUUAUUUUGUUCUAUUCUAGGUGUUACUUUAAUUGGCAUC